AUUUUCCAUUAAGUCCGUACUGCUUUUCAAAUUUCGGACCUUAUCAUUUCUUAGAUCUUUAACAUUUUUCGGACAAAUGCUAAUCACUCGUACCGAUUCAUUGUCGUCCACUGUACGACUGAUAACAGUUCGUCGGCGAUACCAUGAGUAAAUUUACUUUAUCACGGCGAUAGCGGAUUAUUCGAAUUUCGAAAUGCGUUAACCAUUAUUGCUACCGAACGUUUUGCUCCGACUCAAACUCUGCGGGUUGCGUUCGACAACCAGCCUACGUGUAUUUUACCGGUCGAAACGGGCACGAUGUUGAUUCAAGGGAUGGUCACGAUCCAGGACUUGAACGCGCCGUCCGGCCAAAUGAGGAGCCGUCCGCUCAGAUCGUGUUUGCUGAGCAAAAAAGUAAACGAUGACUAUUACGUGUCCGUGAAGAAUUCCAUGUAUCCAAACUGCAUUAGCUACAAGGCGACCGAUCUGGAGCAACUCCAUUGCAAAUUCAUCGAGGAGGGCAAGCUAGGAUUGCGGUUCAAGCAGCCCAUGCACUUGAUCUUGGUGAAAACCGAAGACAAAACGAUGCUGAAAAUGUUUCUUCGUCAAAUCAAAGACAUCAUUAGCGGCAAAAAAGUUGUCAUAGGAACGCGUAACAUGCCCAAAAUCAUGCCUCCCAAAAAAAAUGUAAACCGUUUCGAUCCUGGGACUUUUGAGUUUGUGGCCAUUGAUCGUUUUGACAAGCGCAUAAUGAACAUGAAACAAUUGAAUAAACUUGUAUUGGAAAACUGUACUUUGUCAUCGUUACCACUAGAAAUGGGUCAUUUACCCAUUUCAUAUCUCAGCUUGACGGGUAGUACUCUAUCUACAUUACGACAUGAUCAAGAUAUCUUUUGGGAUUGGAUGACCAUAGACACAGUUGAUAGGACAUUAAAAACUUUAAAAAUGGAUUCUAUUGGAUUAGAAAAUUUGCCAUUUGAAAUCAAGUUUCUUAAAAAUCUAGAAACUUUAUCUGUGGCCAAAAAUAAGUUGACAUAUAUACCACAAUACAUGGGUGAACUCAAGAAACUUCGAUUUCUGUUUGUUGCUGACAAUAACUUAAAGUACUUUCCUGAUAGUUUAUUCAUUAGAACGUUCAAAGAACUUGAUAUUUCAAACAAUAUGUUUAUGGAGUCUGAAUCAUUAGAUUUCGACCACAUCAGUGCAUAUAUGCGAAAUAUUAAUACAUGUAACAUAAAGAAAUCCCAAAUGUUGGUUGUAAAAGACUUAAGUCAUUUAGCAUUUGCUUCUGUAGUUGAAAAUUGUAUAAAUUUAAAGAGACAAGAAAUACCUCGAACUCUAUGGCCAAAGUUUGAUGUAGUUGGUCGUUGUAUACAUUGUUAUGAGUUUGUAUUACCUGAGUAUUCAGUUGUACAACAUACAAUUGCAACCCCUUGUGCAUUGAAAUUAAUAAAAAACCAUACUACUAAUAGUAUACCAUGGCAAUCUAUAAUCUGCCGCUUUAAAUGUACCAAAUCUUCUAGGCUAUAAGUCAAAUAUUCAUGUAAAAUCAAAAUUUAAAAAAUAUAAAUAUAAGUGUAAAUCAUUAUUCGAUUUACUAUUACAGUUAAAA